UUACAUAACAAUACAUAAAAGUGGUUAAAGUGCACAUAACGGUACCGCGUGCUCACUUCGCCAAUCGACGUCCUCGGUAGUGACGUAGCUGUCUCAUCCUACGUAUGUCUUGUUCCUUUUAGACAGGCUGCAGCGCGGGAAAACAAGAGGAGUAGAUGUGAGGCUGGAAGCUUUUGGUAAUAAAAUAAUCUUGCUAAAUUGACAGCUAUGGAUGCCUCGGAGGUAGAAUUCCUCGCUGAGAAGGAGACGGUGAAGAUCAUACCAAAUUUCAGUUUAGACAAGAUCUAUUUGAUCGGGGGGGAUCUGGGUCCUUUCAACCCCGGACUGCCUGUCGAUGUUCCCGUCUGGCUGGCUCUAAACUUGAAACAAAGACAGAAAUGUAGAAUUGUUCCUCCUGCGUGGAUGGAUGUCGAUAAACUGGAAGAGAUGCGAGAUCUUGAGAGGAAGGAAGACACCUUCACUCCUGUUCCCAGUCCGUACUACAUGGAGCUGACCAAACUGCUUCUGAACUAUGCGUCUGACAACAUCCCUAAAGCAGAUGAGAUCCGCACGCUGGUCAAAGACAUCUGGGACACACGUAUUGCCAAACUCCGCCUCUCCGCCGACAGCUUCAUCAGUCAGCUGGAAGCGCAUGCCAAGCUGGACAACCUGACCCUGAUGGAGAUCAACACCAUACGAGCGUUCCUGCUCGACUCUCUCAACUGCAUGUACAAACUUCGCUCCAAUCAGCAGCCCGGGUCCAGUAAGGGACAGUUCACAGACUUUUAAACCCCAAAAUCAAAGCCUGCUGCACGGGUUCCCAUCUUGUCCCAUGAUCUCAAGUCUUCGAUUGCACUUAAAGAGACAUUUGAAAAGGUCUGUGUUGGCUUUAUUACAGACUUUUUUUUUGUGGAAAUAUCUUUGAGACAACUUUAUGAAUGCUGCUGCUGUAUCAAAAUGCUUAAAUCUAGAGCAAUAUAAUAAUGAUUUCUGAAAACCGAAAUGGAUGUCUUUAAGACUAGACUGUCUAAAACCAUUGACAAGGUACAUGUCCAUUGGUUUAAUGUCAAAUGUUUAAAGCACUACGUUAGCAGAACUUUAAAUGUUUGCCAAUAACGGUGAAUGAACAAAUAUUUAAUAAUCUAAAAUCCUCAUGAACCUACCCACACAACGGCACCCACAAACACACAAAGGUUGAUAUUUAACAUUUUUGAAAUAUUUUAUUUCUUUUUUGUCUGAAAUCACAGCCAUAUAUUCAUAAAUACCUAAUUACUACAUUCAACAAAGAAUAUAUUACAUUACAAUGAAUUCAAACAAGUACAUUUUAAAAACAGAGUUUCACAGCAUCUAGACAUCCUCCACUGAGUAAUGGGGCUAUUCCAUGGGCGUGCGUGGGCUGGAGACGGGGAGGCUGGGGGAGGCUCGUGGUACUGCUCCUUCCUCCCAGGUCGUUCGCAGCUCACCUCAGCGUGCCGCUUCUGCUCUGUAAAAAUGACAGACUACAUUCUGUUUCCACCUGAUCCUAUCAAAUGGCAUGGGGCCUCAUUUAUAAAAGUUGUCAUUAUUAAAUGGGUUCUCGGA